AUGACAUCGGGUGAGACAUCUAAGAGUGGAUCAUCAGCAAGUAAGACCGAAGUUAUAGCAAUGUUGAAAGAGACUUGCAAAGAGCUGGAGGCAAGGAAGAUAUCUCUUGAGAAGAUGAUCAGCACUCUAGAGAAGGGUGGUAAUUUGGAUUUUGCAGGUGCUGCAGUGACAGAAGCACAAGAUGAACAAGAAAAGGGAAAAGACUCUGAGGAAGAAGUUGAAGAAGGAAAUACCAGUCUAGUUGAUGGUUCAGAUGAAGAUGAUGAAGAAAGUGAUGCAGACAACUCUGGUGGGUCUGAAUCUGAAGAAUAA